GGAACGCGUGGACCGCGAACCGCCACAGUGUUGUCGACGAGAAGGGUACACGAAAGCGAGGAUUUCUUGUUUUUUUACCCUCGGGAGGUGAAAAAUCACGAGGAAAAGGAUGGUGGGCGCACAUUUCGAAGGGCUUUUCAUGGUCUAGAGUGGAACCGCGGGCGUGCACGAACCCGUUCACGGAGGGACGUAAACACAUGUGUACGGCCGAGCUGUAUUUUCGAUUGCGAAGUGUUGUCCCGUGUUUAAUUCGUGAAAAACUCGGGCACAGGAAGUCGUGCCCCAGGUGCGCUCGCAUGCCAAAAGCCGCGGUGUUCCUCUUCGGGGACGUACACGCGAGGAUGGGCCGGCCCUUAAGGCCGCUGUGAGCCUCCUCGAUGAAGGCGACAGUGCGUGGGUAGGUGGAUGUCCGACCACUGCUUUGCUCCUGAGCACCGAAUUACUCCUACGAAUUUCAUGCCAAACGGAGCUGAGAAACCCUUGCCACUUACUCUGAUAACCGAUUCGACUUUCGGUAAAACAUUGUGCCCCGAUCGGUUCAUUUCCUGGGUCGAUACCUCUUCGAGUCGUCGAAUAACGAAGAUGUUACGACCAGCUGCGAAACCGGAGAAGUAGCUCAACGAAUCUACACGUUCUGGACACUGUGUCAGAAAUUAAAAAAUACGAUCGAACGACGGUUUCGAUCCUAACUAGUCAAUUGAAGUAUUGGUUUGCAAUUGGAAUCUCCAAGUACCAAACCGUGUACCAACGAGCAACACGAUGUAAAAGUGUUUCGACGAUGGAAUCCCUUUGGAAAAGGUUGGAACGAUCCUAGGACACUUGAAUUCAUUAGUUUAAUAUAAGAACGUAGUUCCUGCCGAUAGAUCCAUGUCAAAGCAUGAAUAAAGCGUAUUAUUUAGCGAGAGCUUCUUAGAGCUCUUGCCGUUUCGGGAUCAAAUUAUAUUAUUUAUAUGGUUCCUGGUGGUCUUAUAAUUUCUCGAAAGAAUUCGAGAGAUCUAAACAUGAAAGGCUGAGCAACGAAGAAUGGAUUGCAGUAGGGUAUCGGUAUGCGUGAGAAGUCAGCGGAAUGUCAUGCUCGCACGGGUUACGUGAGGGGCACGACAGACAUGUGCUCGCGCGACCCACCUGCCUUGCAUCCAGCCCUUGCCAAGGCCAAUGGUAAAAAUUCAAGCCCUCAGCCGAAUCAUCACGUCGAAGCUCGUAUCGACAACAACGUCCUCCCUACUCCGGGAGGACGACUAAAAUUUUUCAAAGAUGGAAAAUUCAUCUUGGAAUUGUCGCAUCGAAGAGAUGGAGAAAGAACGACAUGGUUCCCGGUCCCAAAGAAAACAUUUUGGCCACCUGCUAGCACUACACCGAAUAGGCAAGAAAGUUCGACGUCUCUUAGUGUCUCGGACGACAAUUCCUCUGUCCAAUCGAGUCCAUGGCAAAGGGAUCAUUGUUGGAAACAAGCUAACCCUAGACGCAACACAUCGACAGAAUUUAAUUUUUACUACCGCAGAAACCCAAGGAACCGUCUUUGUGCCCAUCCACGUUUAGUAGCACGCAAACGUAGACGACCAUUGGACUCGACGGUUCCGCUGUUUCCUCUGGAUUCAGCGGCUUGUUUCGCCAGGCCAUCACGAAAAGCUAAUGGGGUACCUUCGGGUAGAACCCUGAGUCUAAUCAUUGACAAAUUGUCUCGUUCCGAUCCCAAUGUGGUAUCACCUCGGAAACGUAUUUUACGAGAACUGGAAAGAGUGACACUCGAAGACCAAGCAUCUAAAAGACGCGCCACUCCGCAACCCACUAUUACAACCAGUGCUCCGACACCUUCUCCAAAGCAGCUCUCGUCGUAUAGUAUAACUAGUAUUUUGGGGGAAGAUAAACCCAGUCCAGAACCUGGUUUCUUGAGGAACUUGUUAAAGCCGGAAGACAGGCAACCCAUGAAAUACUCGUCGAACCAUCCAUAUCCUAGAGCGCGUAUUGACCCUUAUAUUGCUUCGGCGAAUACGUCCGUUCAUCAUCCUCUGUACGGUGUCCCGAUGCUUCCUCCUGGUCCUUACAGAGCUCCGCUUUGGAUGCAUUACCCACCACCCGUCCACUAUCCCCCUAUGCCUCUGUAUGCACCUCCACCUCCUCCCCCUCCCUCUCCUCCCGUUCAUCACUACAAGGACUACAGAGAACAAACUCUUACACCUCCUUCAGAUAUGCCUCUGAAUCUGUCGAAGCAUGCGGGUUGAAUCUCAGGAUCACGGAAUUUGGUGCCUUAUCGAUGGACAAACUAUGCGAACACUGCCCGUGCAACGACAAUGCUAUAUAUUAGUAUUUUUUUAUCCUUAAACAAUAGUACCGUAGUAGGUAGAAAUGUGCAGCCAGAAUGACGACACGGACUGGUAUGCUUGUACAUAUGAAUGCAUAAACUGUCGCAGUCGAUAUAGGUAUUUUAUAUUAUCGAUUAACUAAUUCAUUUUUGAAUAGUAUUACGUCGCGGCACUGGCUGGAGGUUGAGUGCUGCGCGCAAUAUGUCGCCUGGCGUGAAAAUUAUCUGUCACGGUUGCCACUCGUAGAUGCUCUCCGGCACUUAGAUCGCCGCGAUCGGGAGACAUUCGUCCGCAACAAAGACUAAGCAGAGGAAGAUUCUUAUCAAAUGAAUAACCAGAAAUACUCGCUAGAUCUUCCAUUGUACGUUUGUAUCGGUAAUAUUUUGCAACGGCGUACUAUGAUAUUCGGUCACUUACUAUUCCAUAGCUGCCUGAGCAGCCUUGAACUGCAACGAGGGAAAAGAGAUACGCGUUCGUUUCAUCUCCGUGUAUCUCAUUUAUGCAUUAUCUUGUUAAUUAUUAAUGUUACUGUCCUUAUUAUCAUUAUUAAAUCGUACCGCUACCCACGUUACAGGAAUCGUAAGAAAGACAUAGGAUUAUGUACAGAGCAGAUAUUAUCUAUACUUAGGACAUUAUUAUUAUUAUUAUGAAUCGUAACAGGUCGGUUAUUUUAAGAUAAAAGGUGUCCGAUAACGGAUAGAUAUGAUUAUUUAUGCGGUAUUAGUGGAAGCUACAAAAUUAAUAGGCAGAGCAUGGAGUGUGCCUUAAAUAUUUGUACGGAAAUUCAUUCAUUUAAAUUGUAUGCAUUAUUAUUAUGUACAUACACCCCAACGUAAUUUCGUGUUAUAUAUUCCCGACAACGUACGCGUACCCACGCAUUUGUCGUUCUAUUUAUUUUUACCGUGAUGCGUUAAAAUAUUUCUUUUUAGAGAAAGGCAGAUUCACUCGAGCUCUAACGAUCGGCGAAUAAUUUUAAUUAUCCAUUUACAUGCACUUUUGUGGAUCGAAACAAAUCUUGGAGUGCGUGGAUGCGCACGAGCAAUUGUAUAGAAAGACUAAUUUCAUAAAUAUAAAUAUUUCGUAUACUA